UUCCCAUUUAGUUUUGAGUAGAAAAAAGUAAAAGGCAUCAAUAUUAAAGGGGAAUUAGGGGAAAACCCGAAACAUGUGACCGUUCUUUACGUGGUGUCAUGAGACCGAAACAAGAUUUUCCUCUUACCACUCCGAAAUCCAAUCCAAACCAUUUUAUCCAAGCCAUCAUGAUGGUUAUAUAUAUCCAAGAACAAAUUAUUUCACAAAUGAAGAAAACCACAAUAUCAGCAACAAAAAAUUUCUUGUGUCAUGGCAUCACAAAUCUUUACAACAUGCUUUUCUAUUUUGAUUGGAUUAUUUUUGCUCAAAGAUGUUGGUGCUUCUAGUGAUAUGGGUGUAAAGGGCGAUUCUUCCGUCAGGAUCACCCCUAGUGAAAUGGGUGUGUACGAGUUAGUAAAGGGCAACUUUUCCGUCAAGAUCUCCACUUAUGGUGCUACUGUUCUCUCAGUCAUUCUCCCUGAUAAAAAUGGAAAAUUGGAUGAUGUGGUUCUUGGUUAUGAAACCGUAGAUGAAUACAAAAAUGAUUCAACUUAUUUCGGAGGUCUUAUUGGUCGUGUGGCAAACCGAAUUGGAAAUGCUAGGUUCAAGCUGAAUGGGGUUAGUUAUAACCUUCCCGCCAAUGAUCAUGGAAACACUCUUCAUGGUGGUAGUGUUGGAUUCAACAAUGUUGUAUGGACAGUAGAGGAGUAUGUUAGCGAUAGAUUCCUUAGUCUCCAUUAUCAUAGCCAUGACGGUGAACAAGGAUUUCCUGGAGCAGUUGAUGUUUAUGUGAUGUACAUGUUGAUUGGAACCAACAGAUUGGCCAUCAAAAUGGUAGCCAAACCUCUGGAAAAACCUACACCAAUAAACCUUGCAUCCCACACUUAUUGGAAUCUUGCUGGUCACAAGAGUGGUGACAUUUUGUCCCAUGAAAUCCAAAUCUUUGGUUCUCACAUCACACCAGUUGACCAAAAACUCAUCCCUACCAGAAAAAUCAUGAGCAUCGAAGGCACGCCUUUCGAUUUCUUGAAACCUAGGACCAUUGGUAGCAGAUUUAAGGAAAUCCCUGGUGGAUAUGACAUCAAUUAUGUCAUUGAUUACAAAGAAAAUAAUCAUGUACACAAAGUCGCUGUUGUUUUUGACCCGAAAUCAGGGCGAAAAAUGGAGCUAUGGAGUAACAAGCCCGGAGUACAGUUCUACACCAGCAACAUGUUGAAUACCACAAAAGGAAAAGAUGGUGCAACUUACCAUACUUAUCAGGCAUUCUGCUUAGAGACUCAAGGAUUUCCAGAUUCAGUCAAUCAUGAUAAUUUCCCUUCUCAAAUCGUUAAGCCUGGAGAGAAGUACGAGCACCUUAUGAUUUAUAGCUUCACACCUGUUUAGGUUUGUGUGUUGUUAUUUUUUAUUUUAAUUUUUUGGUCUAGAUGUCCUAUUAGUUUACAAAUUUCUAUUUUUCUUUUCUUUGUUAUCAAGAUCAAAUUGAUUGAUUUUCAAGGUAUUAGUUUCUUUAAGGGUGAACUAUAUUUUACCCCUGAGUUUUGGUAUGAUCUACCAUAAACCCCUUAAGUUUUAAUAAUACUACGAUAUACCAUUUGAGCAGGGGUUAACAUCUAAAUGACUAUGUUACCCAUACAUACAC